UUUUCCGUUUGUUUCCCGAGAAAACGCCCACAAGUAAAGUAAAACACAAAUCGAGAAGAAAGAGAGAGUUUCAUCGAGACAAUUUUAAAACCAUGGCGGUGAGAGCGACAGUGUCUCGGUUCCCGAUCGACUCGGACGCGCAGGAGAGCUCGGGGCUCCCGUGGGGCGUCACGGUGACGCCGUUCGCCGCCAAAGACGAGGAAGGCCGGUCGCCGGCGUACGGAACAGACGGACACCUUUUGCCGCGGUGCGAAAACUGCUGGGCCUACUUCAGCACCUUCUGUGAUCUUGAUCAAUGGAGCUGGACUUGCUGCCUCUGUUCGCAGCUCAAUGGCUUCUCUUCCAAAGCCAUCGCUCGCUAUUCUCACCCUGAGUCUUGUCCUGAGAUGACUUCUUCAUUCGUCGAUCUCGAGCUUCCUGAGGAAAGAUCGGAUGAAGGGAUGCAACCUCAGCCGGUAUAUGUUGCUGCCAUUGAUUUGUCUUCCUCAGAAGAAUUUCUGGAACUUACUAAGAGCGCACUUCUGGCAGCCUUAGAGGCUCUUGGGCCUGGUUCACUAUUUGGGCUUGCUACCUUCAGCCACAAAUUGGGGUUAUAUGAUGUUCAAGGGCCUAUCCCAGUAGUGAAGAACGUAUUCAUUCCCCCUGAUACAGAGGGGACUUUACCAAUAGAGCUUGAAGAUGUCAUGCCUUUGUUACAAUUCUUGGCUCCUGUAGAAACUUGUAAGGAUCGUAUUGCAUCUGCACUUGAAACACUUAGACCAACAACUUCGUGGGAGAGAACCACAGGAGCAGGUCAAGGAUUGGAUGGUAUUUUAAUGGGUGGGCGAGGUUUUGGGGCGGCAAUGGAAGCCCUUCUAAAUUACCUUGGAUCCGAAUAUGGAAGCACAUUUGCAUUAGCUAGAGUCUUUGCUUUUCUAUCCGGUCCUCCUGAUUAUGGACCUGGGCAAUUAGAUACGAGACGCUAUGGUGAACAAUAUGCUAGUAAAGGAGAGGAUGCGGAUCGGGCUUUACUUCCUGAGCAGACACCUUUUUACAAAGAUCUGGCUGCACUUGCUGCACAAGCAGGUGUUUGUGUGGAUAUAUUUGCUGUCACCAAUGAGUAUACAGAUUUGGCUUCGCUAAAGUUUCUCAGCAUAGAAAGUGGGGGCUCAUUAUUUUUGUAUUCUAGCACCGAUGAUUCAACCCUUCCCCAGGACAUGUAUCGGAUGCUAAGUCGGCCAUACGCUUUUGGGUGUAUAUUACGGCUGAGGACAUCAACUGAAUUCAAACCUGGGCAUUCCUAUGGUCAUUUUUUUCCAGAUCCGCAGUAUGAAAAUGUUCAACACAUUAUAUGUUGUGAUUCUUAUGCAACAUAUGCUUAUGAUUUUGAGUUUGCAAGUGCUGAUGGUUUUUCAAGACAUGGAUCAGAACCUCCCCCUAUGGUACAGAUUGCAUUUCAGUACACAGUUGUUGUGCCUCCCGUGGAGCUUUCUAAUUCUAGGCCUCUUUCCUUAAGUAGGGGAAAAUAUGCACUCAAACGUCGCUUAAGGAUUCGAACAUUGCAAUUUUCAACUGCUCAAAACAUCAGUGAGAUCUAUGACAGUGUUGCUCCUGAAGUGGUCUUAUCAUUACUUGUUCACAAGGUUAUCCUAGCCUCAUUGGAGCAAGGGGUUCGAGAGGGUAGGCUGUUGCUUCAUGAUUGGCUUGUGAUCCUGACGGCCCAAUACAAUAAUGCUUAUAAACUUGUUCAAUACCAUAGCGGAAGUUCAAUAACUUCUCAGAUUGAUGUUUCAUUCUCACAAUGCCCUGAAAUGCAGCGUUUACCUCGCUUAGUCUUUGCUUUGUUGCGGAAUCCUCUGCUUCGACUUCACGAAGAAGGUGUACAUCCUGACUACCGCAUCUUCUUGCAGUGCCUCUUAAGUGUACUGGAACCAAGUUCCCUUCAGCGUGCUGUGUAUCCGGUGCUGACCUCGUACUCUACUCCAGAUGAGCAAGCAUAUCCAAGCCACUCAUUGAGUCGUGCUGCACUGAUUACUAGUGGAAGUCCAAUAUUUUUCCUUGAUGCAUUUACAACUCUAGUUGUGUUUUAUUCUUCGACGGCAGAUCCUACCCUUCCUUAUCCUCCACCCCAUGAUUGUUUAUUGAGGACCACUAUCAACAAAUUGAAGCAAGAGAGGUGUAUAACUCCAAAACUCAUUUUUAUCCGGGGAGGGCAGGAGGAUGCUACCAUUUUUGAGAACUAUCUCAUCGAGGAACAGGAUGUUGACGGAAGUGGUCUAACCAGCGUUACAGGUUUUGUUUCCUUUCUUGAGGAGGUCACACAGAGCGUAUUAGAAUACAUGAAGUAAAUGGUUAUGGCUGAAUUGAAAUCACAAAAGCGUUGGAAGAGAUGCAACUAUGCAUUACAGAGGUGCUGGAAUUGGAUGAAGAAGCCAGAUCUCAUGUUCUGUCUGAUAUAACAAAGGUUGAAAAGUUAUCUCCUUGUCGAAACAAGGAGGCCUACUUUGAAUAGUAAUUGGCUCGGAGAACCCCUAAUAGGAGCCCCAAAGAUGCAAUAUAUUGAAAUCGUAGACGUUCGUGAUUUCUUCGUUAAAACAAAGUUUCCGGAAGGCAGUGCUGCUCAUUUUUGUUUCAUCGUGAAUAUAGAUCAUAAAAGUAGAUUUUAUUUCGCAUUGUUUCAUGUAGGAACAGCAAACUGAUGCGAGUUCUUUGGUUUUUCUAUACUCACUUCCCCUCGAUUCCAUUUUUUUGCUUUAGUUUUUGUUAUGGUUUUGAUAAUUUAUGGAUUGUUUUCUUUUUUGUAACUUAGUCUAGAUACCGAUCGGUUGUAUGAGACGGUAUUCUUGCAUCCUAUGGCGGGGCCUUUCUUUUGCAUGCAGUCUCUUCCUUGUGAGUUAAGCAAUGG